AUGACUUCGAGUCCCAAUCCUCCUCCACCCUAUCUCUCAGACCCCGUCCUGCUAGAGGAACUUUUCCGGAACAAAACGUUGGACGACUCGAGCACGAGUGCGACGCGGCCGAUGCGCAACUACGGCGUUAUGUGGAGCAACUGCUUCAUACCUGCGACGACCGCGUACCUAAUGCACUCGUGCAUUCCGUACUCGCCUGAUUAUCCUUUGGCUAACCACUUUCUCAUCGCGGGAAACUGCCAGUAUCGACGGUACAAGAGGCGGAAGAUCAGGCUUGUGAAGGCGGGUGCUGCGAGGAAGGACGUAGAUGACAUGUUGGAAUACGGACUGCGACUUGCUGUAGGGAUAGAUGGUCCCAUGAACAAUAAUGCCGCUAUGCGUCUGUUCAGCGACGUUCACCAUGGGCCCUUUCCCACCGAAAAACGUGCCAUUGCCGCAAGUCUGAUCGCCUUCCUCCUUCUGCACGGGGAGCCACCAGCUCCUAGGCAUAUCUAUGUUCUGUAG